CCCGCGGGUAGGGCGGGGCGGGCGGCGCCGUGGGGAUCCCGGGGCGGCCGAGGGCCCCAGACUCGGCUCCUCGCGGCGACAUGGAUCGGAUGGCCAGCUCUAUGAAGCAGGUGCCUAACCCGCUGCCCAAGGUGCUGAGCCGGCGCGGGGUCGGCGCCGGGCUGGAGGCGGCGGAGCGCGAGAGCUUCGAGCGGACUCAGACUGUCAGCAUCAAUAAGGCCAUUAAUACGCAGGAAGUGGCUGUAAAGGAAAAACACGCCAGAACGUGCAUACUGGGCACCCACCAUGAGAAAGGGGCACAGACCUUUUGGUCUGUCGUCAACCGCCUGCCUCUGUCCAGCAACGCAGUGCUCUGCUGGAAGUUCUGCCAUGUGUUCCACAAACUCCUCCGAGAUGGACACCCGAACGUCCUGAAGGACUCUCUGAGAUACAGAAAUGAGCUGAGUGACAUGAGCAGGAUGUGGGGCCACCUGAGUGAGGGGUAUGGCCAGCUGUGCAGCAUCUACCUGAAACUGCUGAGAACGAAGAUGGAGUACCACACCAAAAAUCCCAGGUUCCCAGGCAACCUGCAGAUGAGUGACCGCCAGCUGGAUGAGGCUGGAGAAAGUGACGUGAACAACUUUUUCCAGUUAACAGUGGAGAUGUUUGACUACCUGGAGUGUGAACUCAACCUCUUCCAAACGGUGUUCAACUCCUUGGACAUGUCCCGCUCUGUGUCCGUGACAACAGCAGGGCAGUGCCGCCUGGCCCCGCUGAUCCAGGUCAUAUUGGACUGCAGCCACCUUUAUGACUACACUGUCAAGCUGCUCUUCAAACUCCACUCCUGCCUCCCAGCUGACACCCUGCAAGGCCACCGGGACCGCUUCAUGGAGCAGUUUACAAAGUUGAAAGAUCUAUUCUACCGCUCCAGCAACCUGCAGUACUUCAAGCGGCUGAUUCAGAUCCCCCAGCUGCCCGAGAACCCACCCAACUUCCUGCGAGCCUCAGCCCUGUCAGAACACAUCAGCCCUGUGGUGGUGAUCCCAGCGGAGUCCUCGUCCCCCGACAGCGAGCCAGUGCUAGAGAAGGAUGACCUCAUGGACAUGGACGCCUCUCAGCAGAAUUUAUUUGACAACAAGUUUGAUGACAUCUUUGGCAGCUCAUUCAGCAGUGAUCCCUUCAAUUUCAACAGUCAAAACGGCGUGAACAAGGAUGAGAAGGACCACUUAAUUGAGCGACUGUACAGAGAAAUCAGUGGACUGAAGGCGCAGCUAGAAAACAUGAAGACUGAGAGCCAGCGGGUCGUGCUGCAGCUGAAGGGCCGCAUCAGCGAGCUGGAAGCGGAGCUGGCCGAGCAGCAGCACCUGCGGCAGCAGGCGGCCGACGACUGUGAGUUCCUGCGGGCAGAACUGGACGAGCUCCGGAGGCAGCGGGAGGACACCGAGAAGGCUCAGCGGAGCUUGUCUGAGAUAGAAAGGAAAGCGCAGGCCAAUGAACAGCGGUAUAGCAAGCUAAAGGAGAAGUACAGCGAGCUGGUUCAGAACCACGCUGACCUGCUACGGAAGAAUGCAGAGGUGACCAAACAGGUGUCCAUGGCCAGACAAGCCCAGGUAGAUUUGGAACGAGAAAAAAAAGAGCUGGAGGAUUCGUUGGAGCGCAUUAGUGACCAGGGCCAGCGGAAGGUGAGCGGGAGAAGGAGCGCUCGGGAAAUGUGGGAGGGUGCUGUCGAGUUGGUGACAGGGACUUUGUGGUCUUCUGCUCCGUGGGCAGUUCUGUGGGUUGGUUGGCAUCACACCGCAGGGAGCAAACCAUGGCAGCCACACGGAGCAGCAAGACACUGUCACCAGUGCAUACACGAAAUAAUGGAAGGACCCAAGUUACAUGGGUUUAAUCAGCAAAGGCUUCCCAAGGAUGAGUCUGGAGCAGAGUUUGGGGAAAGGAAAACAUAUGGCAAAGAAAUCAAAGAAAGAAAGUCAUUUGGAGCUGGAGAGAUGCUGUGGUUCAGCGGUAUACCAGCUCGUCUCCCUCUUUCCUUGCGGUCACCUUUGCAGUCCGAAGCAAACUGGGCAGCCCAGAUCACCGAGCUGGAGAAGGAGCGGGACAGCCUGGUGAGUGGCGCAGCUCAUAGGGAGGAGGAAUUAUCCGCUCUUCAGAAAGAACUUCAGGACACCCAGCUCAAACUGGCCAGCACAGAGGAAUCUAUGUGCCAGCUUGUGAAAGACCAACGAAAAAUGCUUCUGGUGGGGUCCAGGAAGGCUGCGGAGCAGGUGAUACAAGACGCCCUGAACCAGCUUGAAGAGCCCCCUCUCAUCAGCUGUGCUGGGUCUGCAGAUCACCUCCUCUCUGCGGUCAUGUCCAUUUCCAGCUGCAUCGAGCAACUGGACAAAAGCUGGAGGCAGUAUCUGGCCUGCCCAGAAGACAUCAGUGGACUUCUCCAUUCCAUAACCUUGCUGGCCCACUUGAGCAGCGAUGCCAUCGCUCACGGUGCCACCACCAGCCUCAGAGCCCCACCUGAGCCUGCCGACUCACUGACCGAGGCCUGUAAGCAGUACGGCAGGGAAACCCUCACCUACCUGGCCUCCCUGGAAGAAGAGGGAACGCUUGAGAAUGCUGACAGCACAGCCAUGAGGAACUGCCUGAGCAAGAUCAAGGCCAUCGGCGAGGAACUCCUGCCCAGGGGCCUGGACAUCAAGCAGGAGGAGCUGGGGGACCUGGUGGACAAGGAGAUGGCGGCCACUUCAGCCGCUAUUGCAACCGCCACAGCCAGAAUAGAGGAGAUGCUCAGCAAAUCCCGAGCAGGAGACACGGGAGUCAAAUUGGAGGUGAACGAAAGGAUUCUUGGUAGCUGUACAGGCCUCAUGCAAGCUAUUCAGGUGCUGAUCGUGGCCUCUAAGGACCUCCAAAGAGAGAUUGUGGAGAGCGGCAGGGGUACAGCAUCCCCUAAAGAGUUUUAUGCCAAGAACUCUCGGUGGACAGAAGGACUCAUCUCAGCUUCCAAGGCUGUGGGCUGGGGAGCCACUGUCAUGGUGGAUGCAGCUGAUCUGGUGGUACAAGGCAGAGGGAAAUUUGAGGAGCUAAUGGUGUGUUCACAUGAAAUUGCUGCUAGCACAGCCCAGCUUGUGGCUGCAUCCAAGGUGAAAGCUGAUAAGGACAGCCCCAACCUAGCCCAGCUGCAGCAGGCCUCUCGGGGAGUGAACCAGGCCACUGCCAGCGUCGUGGCCUCAACCAUCUCUGGCAAAUCACAGAUCGAGGAGACAGACAACAUGGACUUCUCAAGCAUGACGCUGACACAGAUCAAACGCCAAGAGAUGGAUUCCCAGGUUAGGGUGCUAGAGCUAGAAAAUGAAUUGCAGAAGGAGCGUCAAAAACUGGGAGAGCUUCGGAAAAAGCACUACGAGCUUGCUGGUGUUGCCGAGGGCUGGGAAGAAGGAACAGAAGCAUCUCCACCGACAUUGCAAGAAGCGGUAACCGAAAAAGAAUAGAGCCAAACCAACACGCCAUAUGUCAGUGCAAAUCCUUGUUACCCAUCUCUGUGUGUGUUAUUUCCCUAGCCACAGGCCAAAUCCUUGAAGUCCCAGGGGCAGCCACACCACUGCCAUUACCCCAUGCCGAGGACCUGCAUGACUCUUCCAAAGACUCCCUCCAUAGUGACACACUUUCUGUUUGGGCCCAUGGUCAUCUCUGUUCUUUCCCCGCCUCCCUAAUUAGCAUCCAGGCUGGCCAGUGCUGCCCAUGAGCAAGCCAAGGUCCAAAGAAGGAUGGUAGGGGGCAGGGCCACUCAACAGAGAGGACCUCCAUCCAGUCCUGCUGACUGCUUGACCCCCACGCAAUGGGUAUCCUUAAGAGAGGGGCUGCUUGCUGUUUGUUGACAGCUUGGAGAGGGAAGAGCUUAUGCUUUUUCUUUUCUGUUUUCUUCUCAGUCUUUUCAGUUUCAUCAUUUACAUAAACUUGUGAGCAUCAGAGGGCUGAUGGAUUCCAAACCAGGACACUACCCUGAAAUCUGCACAGUCAGAGGGACAGCAGGAGUGUCCUGGCUGUGAAUGCCAAGGCCAUUCUCUCCCUCUUUGGGCAGUGCCAUGGAUUUCCACUGCUUCUUAUGGUGGUUGGUUGGGUAUUUUGGUGGUUUUUUCUUUUUAAUUUUCACUCAAAUAGCCAACUCUCCCAAAGGGCACACCCCUGGGGCUGAGUCUCCGGGGCCCCCCACUGUGGCAGCUCCGGCGAUGGUGCUGCCCAGGCCUCUCCUUGGUGCUCCACCUCCGCCUCCACGCUGAGCAGGUGCUGUCCCACCCAGGCCACGCUUCAGGGUCAGGCGGAGCUGCUGAGUGACAACUUUCCUCAAAAGGCAGAAGCAGAGCGAGUGCCUUUCCCUCCUAAAGCUGAACCCCGGCGGAAAGCAUCUGUCCACCUUCACAAGGGAGAGGACAACAGAAAGAGGGACAAGAGGGUGCGCAUAGCCCAGGUCUUCACAGGACACAUUUCUUAGGAGUUCCCGAGACCAGGCUCAAAAACCUUUAUCACAUGCUUGAAUGGAGCUGGUGAGAUCAGCAACACUACUUCCCCUGGAAUGAACUGUGAAUGGUCUGUGUCACGUGGGCCAUCUCCCUUGGCCCAGAGAAGGAGCAUGGGAGUGAUCCCCAACUCCUUUCUGCAGAUGCCUGCCUUGGCAUCCUCUUGAUUCGGAGGAUCAUUCCACCUUCUACGCAAUUGACAAACCCGGAAGAUCAGGUGCAAUUGCUCCCAUCAGGAAAGAGUCCUAUACUUGGUUUGCUGCCCUUAAUGUUUAUUACUAACCUCCUUAAACAGCAACAGCCUACGGAGAAAUGCUUGGAGCAGUCAGGACUUCAGGUGUGACUAUGGCAAGGCUCAUCUUUCUGCCCGGCUACAUCAGCCUUCAAGAAUCAGAAGCAAGGCCAAGGUGCUGGACCGUUACUGACUCGGAUCCCACAGCAAGGAGACCGUUCAGAGCUCCGGGGUCAGAGAAAAUGAGAAAGGAGGGAACCAGUGGCUGUAACUCCCGUCAGCCACAUGCCCCAGGCUCUCGCUGCCCUGUGGACAGGGUGAGGACAGAGGGCACAUGAACAGCUUACUAGGGGUGGACAGUCCAGUGGCACAUUUCCUCUUCUAGGUGGACCCCAGCAUUUAAGUGACCUUCUGAUCUUGGAAAAAAACAGCGUCUUCCUUCUUUAUCUAUAGCAACUCAUUGGUGGUAGCCAUCAAGCACUUCCCAGGAUCUGCCCCAACGGAACACUGCUAGGUUUUGCUACAUGACGGGUAGUGAGACUUCUAUUUGAUCACUGUGAACCAACCCCCCUCUCCCUAACCCACCCCCUUCCCCAACUCCCUCUCUGUGCAUUUUCUAAGUGGGACAUUCAAAAAAUCCUCUCCCAGGACCUCGGAUGACCAUACACAGACAUGUGACCUCCAUACUAGGCUAAGGAAGUAUCGGCAGUAGAAAUUGGGCAGUAUUAUGUU